AGCCCUCUCGAAGCGGAUCGUGUCCAAUUUCGUAGGUCGUACGCGAAGCGCGAGUGAUAUGCCCAGCAGGUGACAAGUGUGAUGUGCGAAGAGUCAUGUUGAACGCAUUCGUGGAUGGGGGCCACCACCAUCAUCAGCACGGCCUCCUCGGGCUCAAGGGCCAGAUGGUGCCGCAAGAACACCACUACCAACAGCCGCCGGGCUACCACCACCAAGGAUAUCUACUCAAAAGGGAGGCGGAAUACCAGCACCCGGAGAUGUACGACCCGUACGGCCACGGGAUCGUCUACCCGCGCGAGGGAUACCACCAGGAGCUGCAGUACCCGCCGGCCCAACACGGCGCAUUCUUCAGGUAUAUGCGCCAGCCGGCGAAUCUCACGUGCCUCUGGAUGGAAGCCGGGAAGAACUGCGGGAAAGCCUUCUCGUCCAUGCACGAGAUCGUAACACACCUGACGGUGGAGCACGUCGGCGGGCCCGAGUGCACCUCGCACACCUGCUUCUGGCAGAGCUGUCCCAGGAACGGGAGGCCGUUCAAAGCCAAGUACAAACUCGUCAACCACAUCAGGGUGCACACCGGGGAGAAGCCGUUCCCAUGCCCGUUCCCCGGCUGCGGAAAAGUUUUCGCGAGAUCCGAGAACCUCAAAAUUCACAAACGGACACACACAGGGGAAAAGCCGUUCAAAUGCGAGUUCGAAGGUUGCGACCGAAGGUUCGCGAACAGUUCGGACAGGAAGAAGCACUCCCACGUCCACACAUCCGACAAACCAUAUAACUGCAGAGUCUCUGGCUGUGAUAAAUCCUACACGCACCCAAGUUCUCUCAGAAAGCACAUGAAGGUGCACAGCGGAGGGAAAUCACCACCUCACGGCUACGACUCCGAGGAUUCGAACAGUUCGUCGGCCGGCUCGAUCAGCGUAGGCGAAUCGGGGGCGCUGGUUGGAUCCGUCGGUCCGCCCGGGCUGCCCAUGCAGCACCCUCCUCCACCGCCUCCGCCUCCGCCUGCCAACCCGCAGUGGUACGACCAGACUGCGCCACCACACUUCCACCAUCACCAUCACCACCACCACGGCUUCAUGCCGCACCAACACGGCGCAACUGCCGCUUACUGACACGACGAGCAGCAAGUCCUACCGAAGAAGUGCAAUAUUUCCCUUUCCGUCAACUUCGACCAGCUAUAAUUUCCAAAAAAAAGCGGACACAGGCGAUCCUUUUUCAAGAGACUUGCCAAUCGGUAUAAAAACUAUUGUACAUUAUUGUAUAUUCAUUGAAAAAAACAAAACAAUUGAGUAGACGUGAAGUUGUAUAUUGUAAUAUAUGUAUAAAAAGAGUGAAGUACUUUUUUCUACGUGUUCUCACAACCGCCGACGGCAAAAGUGGACAGUGUAUCAUACUACGUACCUAGUGUUAUCGCGUAUGCCGCGUCGGCUGGAUAUAUUUUGACAAGGCUUCUAAUCUGAAACUGUGAUAACCUGGCGACGCGGCCGACGGCCAGCAAAUGCGAAACUUUUUCUGUUAGUGUUCACCGAGUCGACCACAACGCUUUGAUUGUUCUUUAUGUGUCUCCCUCAGCUGCAAAAAUAUUUCAAAUACGGUAUCCGACGAUAGUUCAUUCUGGUGCCUUCUACUGUAUAAACCUUUAUCAUCUUUCGUAAACCAGUUUUAAAAGAAUGUAUUUAAAUUUAAAUAUACGAAUGUAAUUGA